UGAGAUAAUAAGAGAGAGAAGGGAGGAGAGAGAGACGCGCUUCCCCUUCCUUCCUGUUGCUCUGCUUGCUCACCCACCCUCCUGGCAGCCAAAUCAUCCACCCCCAGGCCCCAGCGAACACAGGACGCCAUUCUCGCGAGCACAGAAGAGGGGAGGAAAAAUCAUCUCCUUCAACCUCUCCCCUCCUCCACCAAAAUCCCGAUCUUUAUUCCAGAAAAGAUCCUCCUUUUCUGGGUCGAUACAGAUACACGCAGCUAUUUAUAGCGUCUGGUCUCGUGGAUACGCUCGUUCUUGGCUUCCCCGCGGGGCUGUUGAUUUGAUUUGAGGGAGUCAAAUUCGCCUGCGGCUGAAGGGGGCGCCGGGCGCAUGGCGGAGCAGGAGAGACGGCGGUUCGCGAAUCUGCGAAGCGUCCGGUGGCGGGUCGAUCUUGGCAUCCUGCCGGCGUCGCCGGAGGCGUCCGUCGAUGAGCUCCGCCGCGCCACCGCCGAUUCGCGGAGGAGAUAUGUUAGUUUGAGGCGCCGUCUUAUGGUAGACCCACAUCUUCCAAAGGAGGAGGACAGAUCAUCCAACCUCGUCGUUGACAACCCGCUCUCUCAGAACCCAGAUAGCAGCUGGGGCCGUUUUUUUAGAGGCGCUGAGUUGGAGAAGACUGUUGAUCAAGACUUAUCUCGAUUAUAUCCAGAAGAUGGUAGUUACUUUCAAACACCUACUUGCCAGGCCAUGCUAAGAAGAAUACUGUUAAUGUGGUGCCUUCAACACCCGGAGUGUGGAUACCGCCAAGGAAUGCAUGAACUACUAGCUCCUCUAGUCUAUGUUCUUCAAGUUGACAUUGAUAAAUUGUCUCAAGUAAGGAAGCUCCAUGAGGAUUGUUUUAAUGAUGAUUUUGAUGGGGUGCCUUUCCCAGAUACCGAUAUGGUUUUCAGUUAUAAACCUAGAAAGGACUCGAAAUGGCAUUCUGGAGCUGACAAUGGCAAUGAUUCUGAAAGAGCUUCCAAAGUUAACAGUCUUGAUGAGCUUGACAUGGAUACAAAAGAAAUAAUUUUACUUAGUGAUGCGUAUGGAGCUGAAGGUGAACUAGGUGUUGUAUUGUCUGAAAGGUUCAUGGAACAUGAUGCCUAUUCGAUAUUUGAUGGUUUGAUGGAUGGAGGUAGCGGAGUGGUUCGCAUGGCAGAGUUUUUCUCUGCAUCCAAGGUUGGAUCUAGCUCAAGUCUACCACCUGUUAUUGAAGCCUCAUCAUCUUUGUUUCAUCUGUUGUCCAUUGUUGAGCCAUCUCUUCAUAGCCAUUUCAUUGAGCUGGAUGUGGAACCACAAUAUUUCGCCCUUCGUUGGCUGCGGGUCUUGUUUGGCCGAGAGUUCUGCCUCAACGAUCUUUUAGUUGUAUGGGAUGAAGUUUUUGCUUGUUCCAAUGAUAUGCUGCUUAGAGAAAAUGAAGAAUACAGUUUCAAGAUCUUGUGCUCAUCUAGAGGGGCAUUCAUCACAGCCAUGGCAGUCUCUAUGAUUCUUCACCUUAGAUCAUCUUUGUUGGCUACCGAAAUAAAUACGUCUUGUCUUCAGAGAUUAUUGAACUUUCCAAACAAUGUUGAUGUGCAUAAGCUAAUUGAGAAAGCCAAAUCUCUACAGUCUAUUGCUAUCGAUGCAAACACGCCAUCCCCAUCUUUCCUAUCAAAGGACAGCCACGAUUAUGACAGGGUUUACAGUAAUCUUGCUACUUCAACUCCUCCAAGGACCCCAUUGCAUCCCUUACCUGAGAGUUACUGGGAAGAGCAGUGGAGAAACCUGCAUAAUGAUGGAACAGCUCCCAAGGAGAUUGAAAAGGUCCAAUCUUAUAAGAGAUCACUAAAGAAAUCGUUGAGUCAAAGGCUUGGUUUAUCAAGGACAGAAUCAGAUCCUUCUCCAGUUAUUAUUAGUGCCAAGAAUUCAGUGAGACGUUGUCUUCUAAAUUCUUAUGAUGACGUAGUACGGGCAGGUGAAGUCGCUGGGAAAAUUGAGCAGGAUGAAUUCCCUAUCUCAAUUCACAAGGAGCGUGAAAGGCCCUCGCGGCUAAAGUUAAGGGCAGCUAGUGAGAAUUUAACACUAAGCUCGAGUGUGGAAACAGCCAAUCCACUUGUAGAUUCUCCAGUGAAACCUACUGAUGAGAGUUCAACAAAAGGAAUAGAAGCUUGUUCCACGGGUGAGAAUUCUCCAGUUUUCUAUGCAGCUAGUGCUGGUACUGAACAAGACAAUUGCCACAACAACGAUUCUGAGAGGAGUAGCAUCACUUCAAACUCGUGCGCUGGUGAUGAUGAUAGAGAUGAAGUUUUGCAAGAUGAGUCAUCCAGCAGUAUAUAUGAGGACCAAAUUGUCUCAGAAGUAGCGGCAUCUGAAAAAGAUGCAGAUCCAGUUGGACCCUCUGAGAAAACUGCGGUAUCUAAUGAAAGAAAGCCAUUUAUUAAUAAGCUACAAUGGUUCUUGAGAUUUGGCAGACCUUCAGGUGAAGGCAAUGUGGAGAAGAGUACUGGUGAGGUAUCAGAUGAUAAACAUGCUGUUGUUCCUCCCAGCACUUCCCCUCCUGAUGUUAGUUCAGAUAGCUCCCGUGGUGGCAUAAAUUUGGCUUCUGGUGAUAAGAAGGUCAUGGGCACACUCAAGAAUAUUGGACAGAACAUGCUUGAAAAUAUCCAGGUGAUCGAGUCAGCAUUCCAGCAAGACCGUGGCCAGCCAAGUGCCAUGGAGAACUUCUCGAACAACAUCCUGGGAGGCAAAGGCCAGGUUACCGCGAUGGCUGCUCUGACCGAGCUCCGCAAGAUCAGCAACCUGCUCCGCGAGAUGUGAUGUACCCGCAGUCCCACACCCAAGGUGCCACGCCCCCCAUUCUUUCCCGAUUCAUUAGCUCCUCCUCAGAUAACGAAGGCCCCUGUAGUUAAAAUUAAGGCGCCUAGGCACCCUCUGUAUAUAUAGAUUCCAUCCCAUUCCAUUGAGCCCGGUAUGAUAGAGGCUCUCCUGUACCUAAGGAUCGGCUGUCAAUUGAGUUGCGCGAGAUGAGGGAGUAAACUCUCUCCGGCGUUAGGAAGCAACUUUUCGAUGGAAGAACAAUUUUGUUCGCGUAAAGAUUAGCACAAUAAAUAAAUAAAUGAAUGAAAUAAUCUGUGUCCCAAGUGCAUUAUA